AUGAGUUUCUCAAACAUCUCCAGCUACAGCAUUGUUUCCGCCGAAGCACAUUUUUGCUAUGAGUCCUUGAGUGGAUCUUGUGAGAUGACAGUUCUACCCAUGAGCCUGCAGUGUCUCAUGAUCCUGUUCAUGGGGUUGGCCAUAUUAAUUACAAUGAGUGGGAACCUUCUGGUCAUUACCUCAAUAGCACUCUUUAAGCAGAUGCACACAUCCACAAACUACCUCAUUCUCUCGCUGGCGAUGUGUGACUUCCUGCUAGGAGCAUUUGUGAUGCCCUGCAGUGCAGUACGGUCUGUCACAGGCUGUUGGUACCUGGGUGACUUCCUGUGUAAACUCCACACCAGCACCGACAUCAUGUUGAGCACCGUCUCCAUUUUCCAUCUUUCAUUCAUCUCAGUUGACCGGUACUUUGCCGUCUGCGACCCACUAAUGUACACGUCCGUCAUCAACUCUGCUGCAAUCCUAAUCAUGCUCACCAUCAGUUGGCUGGUCCCUGCUAUCUUUGCUUAUGGGAUGAUCUUUUCUGGGCUCAAUGUAAAAGGAAGCAGGGAUUUCUACGAGGCACACGUGCAAUGUUUUGGAGGCUGUCCAGUGUUCUUCAGCCGUGCUUCAGCAGCAUUUGCCUCUACAUUCUCCUUCUUCAUUCCUGGCCUGAUCAUACUCAGCAUCUACCUGAAAAUCUAUGUGGUUGCUAGAGGCCAAGCUCGAGCUAUUAAAGAUAUGGCACAGCAGUUUCAAGUGGAGGGGGAAAAUGUAUCUAGGCAACGGGAAAGAAAAGGAGCAAAAACCCUUGCCAUAGUGGUCGGAGUGUUCCUCAUCUGCUGGGCCCCCUUUUUCCUGUGCAACAUCAUUGACCCCUUCAUUGGUUAUUCUAUUCCCCCAGUGUUGAUUGAUGCCCUUGUUUGGUUUGGUUACUUAAAUUCAGCUCUUAACCCUGUGGUUUAUGCUUUCUUUUACACCUGGUUCAGAAAAGCUCUGAAAUUAAUCAUUUUUGGUCGAUCAAAAAAUAAUGCUUGGCAGAUGCAGCUGCACUCUUAACAAAUACUUUUCUUGUCAUUAUUGUAUUG